CACCAAAGGACAGUAUCAUUGAAACUGGCUGGAAGAUGAUAGAGGAUUUGACUACAAAUGCUUAUCAAAUACAGCAACAGUUACUGGAAGAGAUACUGACUCAAAAUGUGCAUACUGAAUAUAUUCACAAGUUUCUCAAUGGGAGUUCUGACAAGAAACUUUUCAAAGAGAAAGUUCCCAUUAUCAAUUAUGAAGACAUCAAACCUUUCAUGGAGAAAAUUGCUAAAGGAGAGCCAUCAGAUAUCCUUUUAGCUGAACCCCUCCUUGAACUCACUCUGAGCUCUGGCACCUCGGGUGGAAAGAAUAAGAUAAUGCCUAUGACCGCUAAAGAAUUGGAUAAAAGAACAAUCAUUAGAAAUACUCUUCCUUGGUCUGUGAUAAACAAGUUUGCGGAUGGCUUAGAACACGGAAAAGGAAUGUACUUGUUUUUUGUCAUGCCAGACAUUAAAACUCCAUCUGGUUUGAGGGCAAGAACUAUUCUAACAAGCUGCUUGAAGAACUGUAAUUUCGAGAAGCUGACGUCCAGUCUCUAUACUAGUCCUAAUGCAACAAUCUUGUGCUCAGACAUCAACCAAAGCAUGCACUGCCAAUUGCUUUGUGGAUUAUUACAAAGGGAUGAGAUCUUAAGUGUUGGUGCCAGUUAUCCUUAUGUGCUCGUUCGAGCUAUCAAGUUUUUAAAAGAUCACUGGAGAGAGCUAUGUACUAAUAUAAGAACAGGUCAACUUAGCGAUUGGAUCACCGACCUCGGCUGCAGAAAUGCUUUGUCGCUAAUCCUCAACAAACCAAAUCCACGACUGGCAGAUUCAAUAGAAGGCACAUGUAGUAAAAAAUCAUGGGAAGGGAUAAUUAAAGAACUAUGGCCUGGAACAAAGUUUGUAGAUGUUAUCUUAACGGGUUCUAUGGCCCAAAGUAUUCCAACACUUGAAUACUAUUGCGGUGGGCUCCCUUUAGUUUCAACAUAUUAUUCUGCUUCUGAAGGUUACCUUGGCAUCAAUCUUGAACCCCUGUGCAAGCUCUCUAAUAUCUCAUACACUCUUCUUCCUAAUAUGGCAUUCUAUGAAUUCAUUCCUAUAAAGGAAAACCAUACAGAAUUGGCUGAUCAGCCUCAGCAUUCGGAAGGCAUUUAUUAUCAGGAUUGCGUAGAAACGCAGGACAAAAAGGAAGAAAUUGAACCUGUUGAGCUGGUGGACGUGAAGCUUGGUCAAUGUUAUGAAAUUGUUGUCACUACUUUUACAGGCCUAUACAGAUACAAAAUUGGAGACGUUCUCAUGGUAACUGGUUUUCACAACAAUGCCCCUCAAUUUGCUUUUAUGAAAAGGCAAGGUGUCCUUUUAAGCAUUGAUAUGGAGAGUACAAGGGAAGAUGGCCUGUCGAAGGCAGUGACACAGGCAGAGCUCCUGAUUGAGCCACUCGCCUUAAUUCUGACCGACUAUACUAGCUAUGCUGAUACUUGUUCUACACCAGGGCACUAUGUAUUAUUCUGGGAGCUUAAAAUGAAAGGAAGUGAUGAUCUUCCGGAAAUUAAUCCUAAGAUAGCAGAGGAAUGCAGCUACAUUGUGGAAGAAUCACUAGAUUAUGUGUAUAGAGCUCUGAGGAAGGACAAUAGGAUAGGGCCAUUAGAGAUAAGGGUAGUAAAACAUGGAACAUUUGAUGCUCUAAUGGACUUUUUCGUAGCAAAAGGAACUUCUGUGAGCCAAUACAAGACACCACGGGGCAUCAAAUCUGAGGAAGCUUUGAAGGUAAUGGAUGCUGGGGUGGUUGGAAGGUAUUUUAGCCAAAAGGCUCCGUAGGAGAUAAAUAGGGGCAUUUAAAUAAAAUGGCAUAUAUGUCUUUUAGUGUUCUCCCGAAGUUUGCUUCCAAGUCUUGUGUUGUGCUCGGAGUCGUUUCAUAUUUUAAUGAGAUUCAAUAAUCAAUAAAGU